AUGCCAUUGACUGCCAAACCACUAACUUUGAAGGUAAACGCCGCUUUAUUUGACGUCGAUGGAACUAUUAUCAUCUCUCAGCCAGCAAUUGCUGCCUUUUGGAGAGACUUUGGUAAGGACAAACCAUACUUUGACUCAGAACAUGUCAUCCAGGUAUCGCAUGGUUGUAGAACUUACGAUAUGAUUGCCAAAUAUGCCCCAGAUUACUCUAACGAGGAGUAUGUCAACAAGCUGGAAGGUGAAAUCCCAGAUAGAUUUGGACAACAUGCUCUUGAAGUGCCAGGUGCUGUUAAAUUAUGCAAAGCAUUGAACGCUAUGCCCAAACCAAAAUGGGCUGUUGCCACUUCUGGUACCCGUGAUUUGGCUCGUAAGUGGUUCGGCCUACUGCACAUUGAUAGGCCCAAAUAUUUUAUUACUGCCAAUGAUGUUAAGCAAGGUAAACCACACCCAGAGCCUUACUUGAAAGGAAGAGAUGGGUUGGGAUACCCAAUUAAUAAAGAAGACCCCUCGAAGAGUAAGGUCGUAGUAUUUGAAGAUGCUCNAGCUGGGAUAGCCGCCGGAAAGGCCGCCGGUUGUAAGCUCAUUGGCCUUGCUACCACUUUUGACAAGGAAUUUUUGAUCGAGAGAGGUUGCGACCUUGUUAUUAAGGAUUACAAUUCUGUGGACGUUAGCUACAAUGCAGAGACCGAUGAACUUGAAUUUCUAUUCAAAGAUUAUUUGUACGCCAAAGACGAUUUGUUGAAAUGGUAA